AUGUUACAAGUCAGUGGUAUACAAAAGCAAAGAUCUGGCUCGCCAACGGGGAGCGUUUACGUGCAUAACCAUUGUAAAAACCCGAAACCACUCAAUGCUUUAGGAUCCUACAUAGUGCACGAUGAGACGGAGUACAGAGGUGGGCUUUUACCAGAAACUCGAGACAUCGCGUUGCCUAAUCACACCGAGACAGUGAAUGAAAUUUCAAUCGAUAUUGGGGGAUCAUUGUCAAAACUGGUUUACUUUUCUAAAGAUGAGAAAGAGGAAGGCGGAAGACUUAAUUUCUACAAAAUUGAAACUUCGAGAAUCGACGAGUUCAUUGAGUACCUUAAAACCAUAUUGAAAAAAUAUUACCAUCAUGAUGGCAAGAAUCUUAUCAAUCCAAACUUGACGUUGAUUGCAACUGGAGGCGGAUCCUAUAAGUUUUAUGACAAACUGAAAAAGUCUCUCAAUUGCAAAGUGCAAAAAGAGGACGAAAUGCAGUGUUUGAUCAUUGGACUCGAUUUCUUUAUCAGUCAAAUUCAAAACGAGAUAUUUUAUUUCGACGAAAAGAAUCACAAAUAUGUGGAGGUGAACUCUGGAGAGCUAGAACUUGACAGCAUAUAUCCAUACUUGCUGGUCAACAUUGGUUCGGGUGUUUCGAUUAUCAAAGUCACCGGCCCCGGUCCAGACAACUUUAUCCGUGUGGGUGGCUCUUCCCUGGGUGGAGGAACAUUGUGGGGCUUGUUAUCAGUGCUGACGACGUGUAAAGACUUUGAUGAGAUGCUGGAAAUGGCAUCACACGGAAAUAAUGAGAACGUCGACCUUCUGGUCGGUGACAUAUAUGGAAAAGGGUACAACAAGAUUGGCCUCAAAUCAAACCACAUUGCAUCUUCCAUGGGAAAGGUAUUCAAAAAAGUGUUUGAAAAAGAUGAAGAGUCUGAGAAAACGAGUUCUGAUGUUCGUCUCGAUAGGUUGGAGAAACUCAACCAGGAAGACAUAGCCCGCUCGCUCUUAUACGCUGUUUCCAAUAAUAUUGGCCAAAUUGCUUAUCUGCAAGCCCAGAGACACGGUCUGAAGAAAAUAUAUUUCGCAGGCUCAUACAUUAGAAAUCACUAUCAGACAAUCAGAACAUUGAGCUAUGCCAUAAAUUUCUGGUCUGAAGGCUCGAAAAAGGCUUACUUUCUGAGGCACGAAGGAUACCUUGGAAGUAUGGGAGCUUUUCUCAAAAAAGAACUCGAUAUAUAA